AACAUAUCUCACUUCCAUACAAACACCAUUCUCUCCUCUUCUUCUAUAUACUCUCUUUACAAAAAAAAAAAAAGAAGGAUAUAUUAUCAAAAUGAUGGAUGGAAAAUUUGUCAAGGCAUGCCAAAAGAUGGGCACAAAAGUGAUAACUUGUGCAACAAAUUGUGACAAAUGUUGUAAGUGGACAAAAUGGCCAUUUGUGCAAGAAGAUAAUAAUAUCCCUAGAGAUGUUCCAAAGGGUCACUUAGUGGUGUAUGUAGGAAAAUACCAAAAGAGAUUUGUAAUCAAAAUUACUUUGCUCAAGCAUCCACUAUUCAAAGCAUUGUUAGAUCAAGCACAAGAAGAUUUCUAUGAUUACAAUCAUGUUGAGUCAAAAUUAUGGAUCCCUUGUGAUGAAAACAUAUUUGUAAGUGUUAUUAGAUGUGCCACAUCUCCAAAAAAUAGACGUAUCUCUAUAUGUUUUUGAUGUUUAAAUCAUAUACAUACCUUGUGAUUAAA